AUGGGCUUUUCUUUUUAUUUUUUUAUUUUGAAAAUUAUUUUUUACUCUAAAUUUUUUUAUAAUUAUUUAUUUCAAAUUUGUUUAUUUUUUCUAUUCUUUUCGUUUUCAUUUGUUUUUAAUUUUUUUUUUCUUUUCAAUUUUUUCUUUUCUUUCUUUUCUUUUUUAUUUUUCUUUUUUUUUUUUCUUUUUUUUUCAGUUUUUUUUUUCACUUUUCUUUUUCAAUUGAAUCUUUUUCUUUUUUUUCUAAAUUUCUUUUUUUUUUAUCUUUUCUUUCUUUCUAUCUUUUUUUUUCUUUUUUCUUUCUUUUUUGUUCUUUCUUUCGUUCUUUUCUUUCUUUCUUAUUCAGUUUUCGAUACAAAAACUUAUAUAUAUUUUACACAGUUGUCUAUUCUUUCUUUCUUUUUGUUUUCAUUCCUUCAUGCCUUCUUUCAUUCAUUCAUCCUUUUCUUUCUUUCUUUUUUUUCUUUCUUUUUUUCUUUUUUUCUUUCUUUUAUUAGUUACUUCGGUUCCUUUUUAAUAAAAAAAUUUCUGCACUUCUAA